CUCGGCUGCCCCACUCAUAGAGCGCGAAAUAAAAUGAAAAUUUAUUUCCACUUACUACGAAUCCUUCAUCAAAUAGAAAUAACGCCCCCAAGUUUACUUUGAUAAAACUGUGCUCGUAUUGUGCCGAGACAAACAUCCAAAACUAAAAUACGCAGAAUGAAGUCGGGUUCAGUUCAAUUAAAUGUAGAGUGGACUACAUAACAUAUUAAUUGAAUGCUUACCUGUCAAGUGAAUCACAAAGGAUUCAAUGAUGCUAGCCGAUGAUGAUACUCGGCAUAAGUUUGGCAAUCUGACCUAUACUGGUGGAAAUGACACAUACGGCACUUUAGAAGACACAAGACUGAUUUCACUUCUCAAAUUUAGAGGCACAAAUCAAAGUAAUAACAUCGGGGAAAUCCUGAGAGUUCUAGAAAGUCUAAGAAACAAAUACAACAUAUCGGUGGUGAAAGAAUGCGAUCGAUCCGACUAUUGCUCAGGGGAAUUCAGGGAUUUAAUUCUCGCGUACAAUAAUAUACAUGGAUACGUCAGCUUGUUGAUAUGUCUAUUUGGAAGUCUAGCGAACUCUCUGAACGUAGCGGUGUUGACCCGACGCGACCUGGCCGGUGCCCCGAUUAACCGCCUCUUGAAGUGGCUGGCCGUGGCUGAUGUGUUCGUUAUGUUGGAAUACGUACCUUUUGCUAUAUACCGAUAUUUGCUUUUCCCUGGACAAGAAGAGAGACCAUAUUCUUGGGCUGUAUAUAUGUUGUUUCACAUGCAUUUUACUCAGAUACUUCAUACUGCGUCCAUUCUCCUAACACUGUCCCUGGCGAUUUGGCGGUACAUAGCAAUCAAAUAUCCGUCGCACGGCCCGUCGCUGUGCACGGACCGGCGGUGUUCCAUCGCCAUUGCUACCAGCUUCCUGUUGCCGCCCGUGCUCUGCAUUCCUUCAUAUUUUGUGUUUACCAUCCACCAGGACUACGCGAUCGACCAUCGGCCGUCCAAAGUGUUCUUCGUAGACUCCAAUUACGAUGGCAGAUUGUAUCAGAUCAAUUUCUGGGUUCACGCAGUGGUGAUAAAGCUCCUCCCCUGCGUCAUCUUGACAGUGAUUAGUGCGUGGCUUAUUCGCGUGUUGUACAGAGCUAAUAAUAGAAAGAAAGCUCUCAAAGGAUAUAACGCGUGCCCGGCCGCCACGGUUGUCAAUGGCAACGGGAAUGUUUUUACAAGGAAAUCCACGAAACGCUCGAAGGCUGAGCGACGCACGGACAGGACGACUAGAAUGCUUGUCGCCGUGUUACUGCUGUUUCUUUUAACUGAAUUUCCACAGGGGAUUUUAGGUCUAAUGAGCGGUAUGUUAGGGCGAUGUUUCUUCAAACAAUGCUACGACUUAUUCGGCGAACUGAUGGACGCGUUGGCUCUCUUAAACGGCGCUAUCAACUUCAUACUUUAUUGUGCCAUGUCAAAACAGUUUAGAACGACGUUCAGACAAAUCAUAAGAGCUCAAUGUGCACCGCAACCACGCGCGAGCUCUCAUACCGAACUGCAAACAACUUAUGUAUGAUUUUAUAAGCAAAUACGAAUACUGAAGUGAAUAAAUCAUGAUGUACGCUUUCCAAGGCGCUUGUAGACAAUCCGAUAAAACCAAUAUUCCAUAUCCUUGAAUGCGUGGAGAUACCGAUAUAUUAUAAUGUAUGAGAGAAUUAUUUUGGGAGGGCUUUUAUAUGACCAUCUAUUUACCAUAUUAUACAUUAUCAGUAUAAAAUAGCUAUUCCAAAGAAAGUAGGGCAAAAUAGAGAUAAUGGAAUUUUCAUGAGUUUAAUAUAUAGAAUUAACAUUUUUGGGAUGCUCGUAAAUUCCUAGAUGUUACAAAGCAGGGUUUGAUAUAAAAAUAAAUUUGCAUAGUGCUCACUCGACAGUACUAUGUUCUUUGAGGAUAUUUGUUAUGCAGAUGUCCCUUUUGUUCCUGAUAAUAUGUAUGAAACCUUUUUAGGAAAGGUUUAGGUAAAGAUAAGAGCGGAGUUGACAAAUGACUAUCGUCGAGGACGGGGACAGGAUAAGAGUAGAAUGUUCAUUGCUAUUUUUGCGCCUAAUUAGUAAGCUCUUUCUUAUUGUUCGUAGCAUUUAUGUAUUUUUUACGAGAAUGUUUUAAACUCGAUGGCGGGGUUAUUUGUUAUUGUAUAUAGAUAUUUAAUAGUAUUGCGGAAUUAGAUAAAUCUCCAAGGCACGUGAUACAUGUCAGAUUCAAUUACGUAUAUAGAAGCUUGGUGGAUUAAUUCUUAAGCCUCGUCUCGGCCGUUGGUUGGAUGUGUUGGAUAAUAUUACGAUCGAGAUACGAUUAACUUGAUGUUUGGUAAAACAUUGAAGGAGUUAUUAUGUAAGAUAUAUAUCAGCACAUUAUUAGUAAAAACCCUUAUUACGAUUAGUUACAUACAAAUAAAACAUUUUAUAUUCAGUCUGUUAAAUGGAUUCAGUCGUUUAUUUUUUAUGAAUUUAUUAAUCAUAUUGCAUAUUUUUCGCUAGUAUAGGACUAUUACAUGAUGUUUGUAUUUAAAUGUGUUCCAUACGCUUAACAAGAUAAAUGUACUUAUAAAUAGACAACAAUUGUUUGCAAUUGAAAGUCAAAUGUUGAAUUAAAUUAUAAGGCAGAUGAGUUGCACGAGCUGUUCUGUAAGUAAUCUUGUAAACGAGAGAACUACGCCAUUUAAAAAACACGUGCCGAGCACACGAGCACACGUGUCAGAAGUGAAACUCCUUUGGCAAGAUUCAAAAAUACCAAAAUCGUCUUAUGACGCGGACGUGACGGUAUUGCCAUGGCGCGACCAUGAAAUUUUACUCUCAAUGCGCCUAAAGAAGUUUCACUUCAUAAAAUGGAAAUAACUAUUUUAUAAAUAAAUUCAGGUUUAAGAUAUCAAACAAUGUAUGAAGAUUUGGUACAAGAUUUGUAAUUAUAUUCUAUUUCUGUAUAUUUUUCGGUACCUACAGAUAUUUUUUUAUAGAUUCUAUCCUACAUGUCGGAUUGGAGAAUUAACUUGCGUUUUUUUCAUCAUUUAACUAUAAGCUAUUUAUACUUAUAAGCUAUUUUUAUUUUUUAUAUUAUGCAUUCGAUACAAGCUUUAAUUUUUAAGAUAUAUGGAUUUCAGUAAUAGUUUACUUUCUCUUGAUGGAACUGCAUUCACUAUAAGAAAAUAUAGUUAAACAACAAUUAUGACCGGAUAAUAUAAAAAAGUAGGUAUAUUGGAGUAGCCACCUACCAAUAAUCGAAAUUAAAACAACGAUCUUCCGCCUGUAAAAAGCGCAAUUGUAUCGCUUAGUAUAUAUAAGUAAAUAAAUAUAAUUCCAUAUUAUAAGGAUUGCUGUAUAUAAAAUUCGUAUCGUUGAAAAUUAACA